UCCUGGGGCCGGCCUUCCAGGCCAGAACUACCAGGACGUCCUGGAUGAGCUCAAGAAACAGUUCCCCAGGUGAGGGCGAUUCUGGGGCUGGAGGGCCCACCGCGGCCCGAAGUCCCGCCCAGGAGAGAAUCCCGUCCCAUCCCUCGGGGGCCCAGAGAGCCCUGGCCCCAAAUACGGCAUCCGAGUCUGGGAGAGCCACGCUGGAGCCUGAAGCAGGGCUCAUGCUGGGGAAGGGUCCUGAGCCGCCGCCUCCAGCUGGUCUGUCUCCCCGCAGGGUCCCCCCUCACUUGACGAGCCAGAUGGAGCACAUUUACUACUUGUUCCAGAAGAUCCGGCAGGGUCUCCAGGAACAUCACAAGCAGGCAGAAAACUUCCUUCGGAUCAUGGAGACCUGCAGCAAGCCCCUGGGCUUCCAGCUGGCGGAGCCGCAGCAGAGCCAGGUCUCCCCUGGCGAACAGGCCGACCAGGACUCCUGGAGGCCUGCAAGCCCCAAGGCUUCCUGGCACCGGGGGGUCAGGACCCCACGUCCCUCCAGUCUCCAGGGGCCAAACUUCGAGGACGUCAUGGCCUCGAGGUCUUCCAACUGGCUGCAGCAGCCUUCUGGACUGGACGACGCCCCAGGCCACCAGCUGAACAGGCAGACCCCCUGGGACUCGGAGCCCAGGUUUUGGCAGGACGUUCUGACCGAGCAGCUCUGGCAGAUUUUCACUGGGACCCACGAUAAGGUGGACCAGCUGGGACACAGGAUGACAGAAGAGACGCCAGGCCUGGUGAGUGACUGGAAUCCUCGGCACCCGGAGCAGUGGGCUCCUGGGCUGGAUAGCCCCCCUUCCUGUGGGCAGGAAAGCCAGGACCCAGGACCACGCUGCUGCCCAGGAGUGGAGCCACAACCCGAAGAUGCUUCGGGUACCCCAGUGGGAGGGGGCCGCCCGCCCCGGGGAGCCCUUGCCUGCCUCUUACCGGCUCUUGUCUGCCCAGUUCUCAGCCCGCCUGAGCCCUCCCCCGGCUCCCAUGAGGGUUCCCGAGAAGGGAGCACAGGCCCGGGCACCGAAGCACGGGGGGUGUGCUCCCGCGUGGCCCAGGAGCCUGCUGGGCAAGCCUGUCGAUUUCUGAAGCCCAUCUGCUGGGACCUCGAGGACUUCGAAGACAUGUGGAAGAGACCGGAUGCUUUGCCCUGGCAGUCCAAGAAGUUGGCCGUCCCUCACAGGAUGGAGAAGAUGCGGAUGCUGAAACACGGGGAGCCCGUGCUGGCCACGGCUGUCAGCAGCUUCACGCGGCACGCGUUCACCUGCGGCAGGGGUGGUGUCAAGGUGUGGAGCCUGGCCGGCCAGGUGGUGGACGACAGGUUUCCCGAGAGCCACCUGCGUGUACAGACCCAGGGGGCCUACCUGCGUACCUGCCUGCUGUUCUCCAACAGCACGACCCUAUUGACGGGCGGCCACCACCUGGCUAGUGUGAGUGUGUGGGACCUGACGGCGCCCUCCCUGCAUGUGAAGGAUGAGCUGCCCUGUCCGGGUCUCACCUGCCAGGCCCUGGCUGCCAACCCCGCCGACAGCCUGGCCUUCGCCAGCUUCACCAACGGCACCGUCAGGAUCUGGGACCUGCGGGACCAGAGUGUGGUCAGAGACCUGCCAGGCCACCCGAAUGGAGCGAAGAGUAUCGCUAUCAAAGACCAGAACGUCUGGACGGGUGGUCUGGACGCCUGUCUGCGGUGCCGGGACCUGCGGGCGGCCGGGGAGCCCCAGGAGUACCCAUUCGAGUCCCAGAUAAUGAGCCUGUCCCCCAGCCCCCGGCAGGACUGGGUGCUGGUGGGCAUGGCCAACGGCCAGCAGUGGCUGCAGCCCACCCGCGGGGGCCAGAGGCAGCUGGUGGGGUGUAAGGAUGGCACCAUCCUGGGUGUCAAGUUCUCGCCCCUCGGCCAGUGGUGGGUGAGCGUCGGGAUGGACGACCUGGUUAGCAUCUGCAGCAUGCCCACAGGGACCAUGGUGUUCCAGAUACCCGAGACCUCCUCCGUCAUGUGCUGUGACGUGUCCCCCAAUGACCGCCUGAUCGUCACGGGGUCCAGGGACCACGCCUCCGUGUACCAGAUCACGUACUGAGGGGCUCGGUCCUGUCAUCCCAACUCGGGGCCCUUUUCUCUGUCCUUUUUCCCCUA